AUGGCGGUCGAGAACGGCAGAAAUGGUGAUAACAGUGCGGAUGAAGCCACCACAUCAAAAAGUCAGGAGGUGGAGGAGAAAAGUUCUGUUGGAAAUGGGGACCAACAAAAGCAAGAGAAGAGCAAAGGGGAUGAAGAAACUAAAACAGUUCCAUUUCUCAAGCUCUUUUCGUUUGCGGAUUCUACAGAUAUUUUGUUGAUGAUCCUCGGGACGAUUGGUGCUGUUGCAAAUGGAGCAUCCUUUCCAGUUAUGUCAAUACUUUUCGGAGAUCUGGUUAAUUCUUUUGGACAAAAUCAGAAUAACAAAGAUGUAGUGGAUUUAGUUUCAAAGGUGUCUCUCAAAUUUGUCUACUUGGGAGUUGGUUCUGGUGUAGCAUCGUUUCUUCAGGUGGCUUGUUGGAUGGUCACCGGAGAGAGACAGGCUUCACGAAUAAGGGGUACAUAUUUGAAAACCAUACUGAGACAAGAUGUUGCCUUUUUCGAUAAGGAAACCAACACUGGAGAGGUUGUUGGUAGAAUGUCUGGAGACACUGUUCUUAUACUAGAUGCUAUGGGUGAAAAGGUUGGGAAAUUUAUACAGCUGGUGUCAACAUUCAUUGGAGGCUUUAUUAUUGCAUUUGUCAAAGGGUGGCUUCUUACUCUUGUCAUGUUAUCCUCCAUUCCCCUGCUUGUGAUAGCUGGCGCAGGAUUGUCCAUCAUGAUAACUAGGAUGGCAUCUCGUGGCCAAACUGCUUAUGCUAAAGCAGCGACUGUAGUAGAACAAACUAUUGGCUCAAUCAGAACAGUUGCAUCAUUUACCGGGGAGAAGCAAGCCAUAAAUAAUUACAAGAAGUUUCUGGUUACUGCAUAUAAAUCUGGUGUUCAAGAAGGCUUCACUGCUGGAUUAGGUCUUGGCAUCGUUAUGUUAGUAAUCUUCUGCAGCUAUGCGUUGGCAGUAUGGUAUGGUGCAAAGAUGAUAUUGGAAAAAGGAUACAUUGGGGGUGAUGUAGUUAAUGUGAUUAUUGCUGUGUUAACUGGUUCUAUGUCCCUAGGGCAGGCAUCUCCUUGCAUGAGUGCAUUUGCAGCUGGUCAAGCUGCAGCUUACAAGAUGUUUGAGACUAUCAAUAGAAAGCCAGAGAUAGAUGCUUCCGAUACAAGGGGAAAGAUAUUGGAUGACAUCAGAGGAGAUAUAGAGUUAAGGGAUGUAUAUUUUAGUUAUCCAGCCAGACCAGAUGAGCAGAUAUUUUCUGGAUUCUCUCUUUUAAUCCCAAGCGGAACAACUGCAGCAUUGGUUGGACAAAGUGGAAGCGGAAAGUCAACAGUGAUCAGUCUGAUAGAGAGAUUUUAUGAUCCACAAGCUGGUGAAGUUCUCAUAGAUGGCAUUAACCUCAAGGAGUUUCAGCUAAAGUGGAUCCGGGAUAAAAUUGGUCUUGUCAGUCAGGAACCUGUGUUGUUUACCUCCAGCAUCAAGGAUAACAUUGCAUAUGGAAAAGAAGGUGCAACUACUGAAGAGAUAAGAGCAGCAACUGAACUUGCCAAUGCUGCUAAAUUCAUUGAUAAACUACCUCAGGGACUAGACACCAUGGUUGGUGAGCAUGGAACUCAGAUGUCAGGUGGACAGAAACAGAGAAUUGCAAUAGCAAGAGCCAUUCUGAAAGAUCCACGAAUUUUACUUUUGGAUGAAGCUACAAGCGCACUUGAUGCGGAAUCUGAAAGGAUAGUGCAGGAGGCUUUAGACAGGAUUAUGGUCAAUCGAACAACUGUCAUUGUUGCCCAUCGUCUGAGCACUGUGAGAAAUGCGGAUAUGAUUGCAGUUAUUCACCGUGGAAAGAUGGUGGAGCAAGGUUCCCACGCAGAACUACUCAAGGAUCCUGAAGGAGCUUACUCUCAGCUUAUACGCUUACAAGAAGUUAACAAAGUGUCCGAACAAGAAACAGAUGACAAGAAGUCAGAUAUUUCUGCAGAGUCCCUAAGACAGUCAAGUCAGAGAAUCUCACUGAAACGGUCAAUAAGUCGGGGAUCAUCUGGGGUUGGAAACAGCAGUCGACACUCUUUCUCAGUGUCAUUUGGUUUACCUACUGGAUUCAAUGUCCCUGACAAUUCCAUUGCAGAAUUAAAGGAUUCUACGCAGAAACAACAAACUGAUGUCCCAAUCAGCCGCCUUGCGUAUCUCAACAAGCCAGAGAUUCCAGUUCUAAUGGCUGGUUCUAUAGCUGCAAUUCUCAAUGGGGUCAUAUUUCCAAUUUAUGGUAUACUACUUUCCAAUAUGAUUAAAACAUUUUUUGAACCACCUCAUGAGUUGAGAAAGGAUUCGAAGUUCUGGGCAUUAAUGUUUAUGACCCUUGGCCUGGCUUCAUUUGUGGUGUAUCCAACACAAACAUACUUAUUUUCGGUGGCCGGUUGCAAAUUAAUACAAAGGAUCCGAUCUAUGUGUUUUGAGAAGGUGGUUCUCAUGGAGGUGGGCUGGUUCGAUGAGCCUGAACACUCAAGUGGAGCAAUUGGUGCUAGGCUCUCAGCAGAUGCAGCGACAGUGCGUGCUCUGGUUGGAGAUUCUCUUUCCCAGUUGGUUCAGAACAUUGCUUCUGCUAUAGCGGGUUUGGUCAUUGCCUUUACUGCAUCUUGGGAAUUGGCACUGGUAAUCCUUGUACUACUUCCUCUUAUAGGACUCAAUGGAUUUAUUCAAAUAAAGUUCAUGAAAGGAUUCAGUGCAGAUGCAAAGAAAAUGUAUGAGGAAGCAAGCCAAGUUGCAAAUGACGCUGUUAGCAGCAUAAGAACUGUUGCUUCUUUCUGUGCUGAAGAGAAGGUGAUGCAAUUAUACAGAAGGAAAUGUGAAGGCCCUAUGAGGACAGGAAUAAGGCAAGGGCUGAUCAGUGGAACUGGAUUCGGAGUUUUCUUUGCUUUAACCAUGGCAGCGUUUGGAAUUUCUCAAUCAAGCUCCUUUGCUCCUGAUUCCUCAAAAGCCAAGGGUGCAGCUGCUUCCAUAUUCUCUAUUAUAGAUCGAAAGUCGAAUAUCGAUCCAAGUGAUGAGUCAGGAACAACAUUAGACAAUGUGAAAGGAGAAAUCGAACUUCGCCACAUAAGCUUUAAGUAUCCAACUAGGCCGGACAUUGAAAUUUUCCGAGACCUCAGCUUGGCCAUUCAUUCUGGCAAGACUGUUGCCCUGGUUGGAGAAAGUGGAAGUGGGAAAUCAACGGUGAUCUCACUAUUGCAAAGAUUUUAUGAUCCCGAUUCCGGUCAUAUAACUCUUGAUGGAAUUGACAUUCAGAGUCUGCAACUCAAGUGGUUGAGGCAGCAGAUGGGGCUUGUGAGCCAAGAACCAGUUCUCUUUAAUGAUACAAUCCGCGCCAACAUUGCAUAUGGAAAGGAAGGAAAUGCAACUGAAGCAGAAAUUCAUGCUGCAUCGGAGCUGGCCAAUGCACACAAAUUCAUUAGUAGUUUACAACAGGGGUACGACACUGUUGUAGGAGAGCGAGGAACCCAUUUGUCCGGGGGACAGAAACAAAGGGUGGCCAUUGCUCGUGCUAUAGUCAAAAGUCCCAAAAUACUUCUAUUGGAUGAGGCUACCAGUGCACUGGAUGCUGAAUCUGAAAGGGUGGUUCAAGAUGCACUGGACCGAGUUAUGGUGAAUAGGACUACAGUCGUUGUGGCCCAUCGAUUAUCUACAAUCAAGAAUGCAGAUGUUAUUGCCGUGGUGAAAAAUGGAGUCAUUGUGGAGAAAGGCAAGCAUGAUUCUUUGAUCCAUAUCAAAGAUGGUUUUUAUGCCUCUUUAGUGGCUCUUCAUACGAGUGCCUCAACGUCUUGA